UCUCCCCAGGGCUCCCCGGCCCCUCUGUUGGCUCGGACAAGGAGGAUUGCCCGGAGCGCUCUGCUGAAAGCUGCUCCCUACAGCAGCUGCUGCCGGAGAACAGGGGCGGAGGGAAGCAGCUCACAAGCUGGUGUCACCUGGACGGGACCGAACGCCGCCCCAACACUGCCAGAGCUGUUGCAGAAGGACAGAGAAGCCGUGGACGCCAGCCCUGCAGCCCUGCUGCCGGGGCACCACGGUGGGCAAGCAGGUAAGAGCCAUCUGGCGGCUCCGGGGCUGCACUGGCACCAGCAGGACAGGGUGCCCGGGCUCUCAGCUGGACCUCUCCCAUUUCUCCGGCCUGAAGCCCUCAGCCCCGAGAGGCGCCAGGCCCUGGAGCGAUACCUGCAGCUGCGGAGUGCUGGCUGGAUCCAGGACCGCUCUGGCAAGUGGGUGAAGGAUGAGAACGCUGAAUUUGACUCCGACGAGGACGAGCCGCCCGCGUUGCUGCCGGCCUGA